UGGUGUCUUGAUUUACAUUGCACAUUCGUGCUCAUAAUCACAUACGUAAGCUUACAUGAGGUAUGCCCUCUAUACAACAACAACAACAACAACAACAACAACUCCCAUUUUCAGUGCCAAUGCCCAAACACACCCAUAUACACCCAAUACACCCAAUACACCAUACAAUGCAACACCCAAGGCCAGACGCAGAGGCCAACCCAAGCCAGCCCGCUACUGUGCCUGGCUAGGCAAAACCUUGGAAACACG